UCCUCCCUGCCCCCGCGUGGCCGGGGGCGGGCGGAGGUGGAGGUCCAGAGCCUGAUUCCCACCAGGGCUUUCGGACCCGCAGCUCGGUGACCUCCCGCAUGGCGCGGAGGACCGAGCCCCCAGACGGGGGCUGGGGGUGGAUGGUGGUGCUCUCGGCCUUCUUCCAAUCUGCGCUGGUGUUCGGGGUGCUCCGCUCCUUCAGCGUCUUCUUCGUGGAGUUCGUGGCGGCGUUUGACGAGCCGGCCGCGCGCGUCUCCUGGAUCGCCUCCAUAGGCAUCGCCGUGCAGCAGUUUGGGAGCCCCGUGGGCAGUGCCCUGAGCACGAAGUUCGGGCCAAGGCCAGUGGUGAUGGCUGGGGGCAUCUUGGCAGCGCUGGGGAUGCUGCUGGCCUCCUUCGCUACCUCCUUGACCCACCUGUACCUGAGUAUUGGGCUGCUCUCAGGUUCUGGGUGGGCCUUGACCUUCACACCAACACUUGCCUGCCUGUCUCGUUACUUCUCUCGCCUGCGAUCCCUGGCCAUGGGGUUGGCACUGACUGGCGUGGGCCUCUCGUCCUUUGCUUUUGCCCCACUCUUCCAAUGGCUGCUCAGCUACUAUGCCUGGCGGGGCACCCUACUGUUGGUGUCUGCCAUCUCCCUCCAUCUGGUGGCCUGUGGUGCUCUCCUCCGCCCACUCUCCCUGACUGAGGACCCUGCUGUGGCUGACCCUGGGGCCCAACUCGCCUCCCUCCUCCAUCAUGGCCCCUUCCUCCGUUACACUGUUGCCCUCACCCUGGUCAACACCGGCUACUUCAUUCCCUAUGUGCAUCUGGUGGCCCAUCUCCAGGACCUGGAUUGGGAUCCACUGCCCGCUGCCUUCCUCCUCUCGGUGAUUGCUAUUUCUGACCUCGUGGGGCGUGUGGUUUCUGGGUGGCUAGGGGAUAUAGUCCCAGGGCCUGUGGCACGACUCCUGAUGCUCUGGACCACCCUGACCGGGGUGUCACUGGCCCUGUUCCCCAUGGCCCAGGCUCCCACAGCCCUGGUGGCUCUGGCCGUGGCCUAUGGCUUUACAUCAGGGGCCCUGACCCCAUUGGCCUUCUCCAUGCUGCCUGAACUGGUGGGGACUGGAAGGAUAUACUGUGGCCUGGGACUGGUGCAGAUGGUGGAGAGCAUCGGGGGACUGCUGGGGGCUCCUCUGUCAGGCUACCUCCGGGAUGUGACAGGCAACUACACAGCUUCUUUUGUGGUGGCCGGGGCCUUCCUUCUUGCAGGGAGUGGAGUUCUCAUCACUCUGCCCCACUUCUUCUGCGUCUCAGCUCCUACCUCCAAGCCCCAGGACCUUGGCACAGAGGCACCGGAUACCAAAGUCCCCCUGCGAAGGAAGGGCUGGGAGAGAACUGAACUCCAAAAAGACCCGGAAAGCCAGAGAUUGGCAGCUCCGGGUCUUCUGCCCCAUAUUGGUGCCCAGAGAACCACAGUGCCUUCAGCAUCUUGAUCUGUCUUCCACCACAGCUUGCCCAGGGCUCCUGCGAUGUGUGUGCCAACUCCUAGUGUUUUGUUGAGGACUCUUAUCUCUUCUUGGCUUCCACAACCAUUUCUGCAGGAUCCAAGAGUUCAGCCUGCUCCAGUGAGCCGUGAAUCAACUGUGAAAAUCAAAGGCCAAGAGACUUAUUAUGUUUUACAAGUGAUCAAUCUCUAGUGUUGCCUACUACACUUCUUCUCUGAAGACAGAUGUUUGGGGAUGAGCGAUGCCCCUUUGAGAUAAAACUGGAUAAUAAUCAGAAACUCAGAAAGAACUGGAGCCCAAAUGCUUGGGUUGGUUGAGUGGGGUCACGGCUGGUGGGGUGGGGGGUAGAGGGGAGGUGUCCAGGAGCUCUGGGGACUCCGAGCAUUUUAACCCUGGACUCUGCUCUCUGGACCACAGUUCCUCCCACUAGCCCCUGUGACUUAGAUGAGAAAUGAAGGAAAUGGUGGGGACAUGGUGGCGGGGUCGGGGGGCGGGGGAGGUUGGUAGGGAGCACUGAAGCUCAGAGAGCCUACCUCUGGGUCAAGGAUUCUUGAAUUCACCGCAGGCCAAUAGAAGGAGAUUGAGAUAUGGGAAGAGUUUUGAGUCAAGGAAAUGAGGAUGGCACCCAUGAGCCUCCCUCUCCCUCAAACAAAUUGAAGCUGGCAGGCAGACAACUUCUCAAAGAUGCCCCGUUAUAAUGGCAACAACAUGGGCAAAGAGAAAUGGACUGACUAGACAGACAGAUACCCGCCUCUUUCCCAGGUUUAGUGGGAUCCUGUUCCUUCCGAGCGGCCUUUUGAAUGUCUUAAGUAGAAAGUUUUCAGCGUCCUAGAUGGGCUAACAAUUGGAGCUUGCAGACACA